AUGGCGACUCUUCAAACCCUGAAGCUGGCGCUAAGGCAUGAAGCCCAGGCAAUGAAGUCCCCAACGCAGCCUCUGUCCAAUGCUCAGUAUAGAGAUGGGUUUGAGAUUAUAAGACGGUGCUCGGAAAAGUCAAUUUACGAGGACUUCAUCAUUCCGCAACUAGAAGUUCUCUUGACUACCUUUCUCCGAUCUCGCAGCACUAUCUCAGUGCUUGAAAUCGGACCAGGUCCGAAAAGCAUACUUGGAGAUCUAUCUGAACAUGUUAGACAGAAGAUCAGAAAAUAUGUUGCAUUGGAGUCCAACACACUGUUCUUCCAAUCACUGAAACAGUGGUUGACCUCGCGCCCUUUUCCUUGUUUAGAAAGCCCACCCGACGUUCGAGAAAUCUCAUUCACUCUAGAUGAGGCAAAUAAAGACAGCGGUGAUGGUGCUAGCCAUUUCGAUGAGAAAUUCGACAUCAUUCUUUUCUGCCACAGCAUGUACGGUAUGAAGUCCAAGGACGAGGUUCUAAAACAGGCUAGAGACAUGCUUGUUCAACGACCAGAGAGUGGAAUGAUUGUGGUAUUUCAUCGAGAUGGAGUCCUACAGCUUGACGGCUUAGUGUGUCACAAGACGGUCUCAUUCCCUGCCGGAGUUAGCCGCAUCCAAAAUGUCCCCGAGAUACUGGACUGUUUCACACCUCUCAUCGCGGGUUUUGUCAUGCAGGACGUCAAUGUGGAUGAAGUCUUGCGACUCAAGUGGCGCGAGGUGUGCUGUGCGCUGGCUUGUCGCGACCAAGGCCAUCCAGAGUAUCUCCUGUUCAGCUCGCCCAACGUCAUGGUGACCUUUACCCUAGAUGCAAUUAUGCUGCCAGCCCUGACGGAACUUGUACCACUGAGUGAUGGGCAGAGGAUAGUUAAGAACCGAGAGGCUCAGUCUCGGCAUCCCGUCCCUGUCGUUGUGCCAAGGGAUGUUCAGCAAAUCCAAGCUUGCAUCCAAUGGGCUUUGGCCGGCAAGGUCGGCUUAACCGUGAUCGGUGGAGGCCAUAGCGGCCAAUGCCUAUGGCCAAAUGUUGUGUCAAUUGAUAUGGCUGCCUUUAAUCAAGUACACGUUGUCUCUUCUGACGAUGAGAUAGGGGACCCGGACUCUGAUCGCGGUCCAUGGGUCCUCGCGGGAGCCGGCUGCAACACUGGUGAUAUAAUCCGCAAGGCCGCAUCAUCAGGUUUGACUGUACCACUGGGCUCCCGGCCGAGUGUAGGUGCAGGACUCUGGCUACAAGGUGGCUUCGGCCACAUGGCUAGAUCACAUGGUCUGGCGUGCGACGCAAUUGUAGGUGCUGUCUUGGUCACCGUUGACGAUGGAAGAAUUAUUCAUAUUGGCCAUGUACCAGCCCAAUAUCGCCCAGUCGGUUCUCUACACCCUGACAAUGAAGAGGAUUUGUUAUGGGCAAUCAAAGGCGCCGGAACAAAUUUUGGCAUUGUGGUCAGCGUCACUUUCACGGCCUCUGCUGCUCUAAGCUAUUCAGUCCGGAAUUGGAUUUUCUCACUUGAUGAUGAUAGGCUUGGUCAUCUAGACCAAAUAGCCGCAAAGCUCGCCCGAAACUGUUCCAUAGAUGGGUAUCUGUUUUGGGAUGAUGACCGGCUUUGUCUUGGGGUGACAGUAUUCGAGUCUGCAACGACCAAGCACCCUUUGGAAAGCUCUGAGAAUGCGUAUGCACUUCUUGGAAGCGAGUAUCAUCACCAAGUUGUCGACGGCGUUGGUCUGUUUAACACCGAGAUGUAUAUAUCCUUAAUGCACGGCGGGCACGGCGGUGGCAAGACCUCCUCAUUCAAGCGAUGCAUAUUCUUAAAGCAUAUUAGGACUCAAGAUGUCCGCAAUAUCCUGGCCUCGGCUCUAAAAACUCGGCCCUCUAGACUUUGUUACCUUCAUCUACUCCAAGGUGGCGGGGCGAUCGGUGACCUGAUGGGCGAUGCUGCCGCUUUCGGCUGUCGCGACUGGGACUUUGCUUGCGUGAUCACUGGUGUCUGGCCUCGCAAUCAGGACGGAACUACUACAGCUCAAGAGGCCAUGCAAUGGGUUUACAAAAUUGCUAUGGACUUGUUGCCUCUAAGUAACGGGGCAUACGGUGCAGACCUUGGGCCGGACCCUCGAGAUGCGCCACUGGCUAGAGCUGCCUUUGGAUCGAAUCUGCCGCGUCUAUCCCGACUGAAAUCUGUUUUGGACCCGUACAACGUUUUACCUUAUGCAUGUCCGCUUCAAAUAUCCACGAGACCGAGACUCAUUGUUCUUGUCACAGGCAAAAGCUGUGCCGGCAAAGACUACUGUGCAACCGUCUGGGCUUCUCUAUUCAAUGCUCAGAGACUUGAGGCACGUGCGGUAAGCAUCAGCGAGGUGACGAAACAAGAAUAUGCAGCGGCUACUGGUGCCGAUCUGAACAGUCUGCUUUCCGACCGUGUUUACAAGGAGCAGCAUCGACCAGCAUUGACACAGUUCUUCCAUAAUCAGGUGCAAAGAAGACCUCAACUGCCGAAGGAUCAAUUUGUGAGAGUGGUGCGUAAUGCUGCAGAUGUGGAUGUGCUGUUUAUCACAGGCAUGAGAGACGAGGCACCAGUUGCGACCUUUUCGCAACUAGUACCUAACAGCAAACUACUCGAGGUGCGUGUCCAAGCUCAAGACUAUACACGGCAGGCUCGUCGUGAAUCCAGAGACAGCAGUGAAGCCGACUGCGGCAAUUCGAUUCCUAAUGAGAUUCAAAACGGCGAAUUGAACUCAACAGUUGCAAGCUACCGACCCGAUCUCAUCAUGAACAAUUACAUAACUGGGAAAGAAUCAAUAAAUAAAUUUGCCCACGAUCAAAUCUUUCCCUUCUUGCACAAGGAUCUGGAACGGCUUGCCAUGAUGGUACGGUCGAUCUCCGACUUUCCACGACCCGGCAUCAAGUUCCGUGACGUACUGGGCCUCUCUCAGCAGCCAGAUGGGCUGGCUUUGUGUACAUCUCUACUGGAAACUCGGUUUUCAGGUGAUUGGACCCAUGUUGAGACGAUAGUUUGCUGUGAAGCCGGUGGCUUUGUGUUUGCAUCAGCUCUGGCUGCGAGGGUCAAUGUGCGCUUGGGGCUCAUCCGAGAGGUUGACAAGCUACCUCCUCCCACUAUGUCCGUGUCCAAGUCUCCAUCACAUAUCUCAAACCUAGGGCCAACUAGUUCAAAGAAUAAGAUAAUGGAGAUGGGCAGCAAUAUUAUUUCCAAAGGGUCAACAGUGGUUGUGGUGGACGAUGUACUCGCCACUGGGAAGACACUUUGCGCAGUACUGCAACUAUUACAAAGCGUCGGUGUCACUGCCAAGGACACAACCAUUAGUGUUGUUGCCGAGUUUCCUGUGCACGGCGGACGAGCGUUACUCCAUCGUGAAGGUUUUGGGGAGGUUAAGAUCGAAAGCCUACUGGUAUUCGGUGAUGCUUAA